AUGACAAGGUUCAAUCCGUCUCAGUUUCAACGGUCGGAAAGCAUAAUUGAUUUCAUUGCUCGCGUCGAACAGAAGGUACUGGGACCUGAGAGCUUAGGAUACGUGGACGACCCCUCCGAUGAGGCUCGCAUUUGGCAGCAUGAUGAUCGACUCGGAGCGUCUUCAGACACGUUCAGAGAAGCUCGAUCUCUGAUACCGCAGGGUAUUUCGAUCAACCAACCCCUCACAGAACCCGGUCGGCGGCACCCCGAGGACGCUUUCGACCGAAUGGAAGAGGAACUAUCUGAGAUCAGAUAUCAUGGCGAGCGACCCGAUCAAAGUAACCAAUACUGGGAACAGCAGCAAAAACAGGCGGAGGACGACAAGUACGAUAAAGACGAAAAGGAGGAAAUGCUCGCCUUCUGGCGGCCAAAUUACUUUCAUUAG